GUUUGAUUUAUUGAAAGCGUUAAGUGAGAAUGGUAAAGACCUCACUUACCUUUGAAGAAGAAAUUGGAAUUUUUCUUUUAGAAUGGAUACCAGAAAUUGUACAUGCACAUAAAGAAAACGACUUACUGGCUUUGCUGGUCAAUGUCAUCAAGUUUAAUGCUUGCUAUCUUGAAGAGGAAAUUAUAUCAGGAUUCGUACAACAUACAUGUGUUAUCUGCACCAGUCAAAAGACUGAAGCAAAUAUAGAAGUUUCAUUACGAGUUUUAGAUGCUGUCGUUUGCUACAGUUGUUUACCUGUCGACUCGCUGCACCAUUUCAUCACAGCUCUUUGUAGAACUGUCAAUGUAGUAAGAUUCUGUCAAACUAGCUGGAAG